AUGAGAUGCACUGCUGCACCUGGGUGGCCUGAUCCCAGUCCCCUGUGUCCUCCUCCACGGGAGCAACCGGGAUUAAGUGUCAUUGCUGCAGGGAGAAAUACAAGUGGAAAUCCCGGGAAACUGGUUCUACCCCUCCGUCCGGUGCCGGCGGCAGGCCGGGCUGCGGCGGCGCUCCUCCCUCGGCAAAGGCAUAUAAUGCCUGCCAUGGUCCCAGCAGCCGGCACUGCGCGGCGGGGCGGGCAGGGAAGCAGGCAGCGAGCGAUGGCCUCCAUGGGGAUGCAGGUGCUGGGCAUCGCCCUCUCCGUCAUCGGCUGGUUGGCCUCCAUCCUUUGCUGCGCGCUGCCCAUGUGGCGGGAGACAGCCUUCGUCGGGAACAACAUCGUGGUGGCGCAGAUCGUCUGGGAAGGGCUGUGGAUGAGCUGCGUGGUGCAGAGCACGGGGCAGAUGCAGUGCAAGGUCUAUGACUCCAUGCUGGCCCUGCCGCAGGACCUGCAAGCCGCCCGUGCCAUGGUGGUGGUGGCCAUCGUCCUGGCCAUCCUGGGCACCCUGCUGGCAGUCACCGGAGGCAAAUGCACCAAUUGCGUGGAGGAUGACACCGCCAAAGCCAAGGUCAUGAUCCUCUCCGGCAUCAUCUUCAUCGUCGCCGGUAUCCUCAUCCUCAUCCCCAUCUCGUGGUCAGCCAACAGCAUCAUCCAGGACUUCUACAACCCGCUGGUUUCUGACUCGCAGAAGCGGGACCUGGGCUCAUCCCUCUACGUGGGCUGGGCAGCCUCGGCACUCCUGCUGCUUGGAGGGGGGAUCCUGUGCUGCACCUGCCCCCCCCGUGGAGAGAAGCCCUACUCUGCCAAGUUCACGGCUGCUCGCUCGCUGCCAGCCAGCAACUACGUGUAG